CUUCCUUCUUUUUUCAGAAACCCUUUUUUUCUCCUCACAAUCACUCCAUAUACUCAGACCAUGGCGACGACAUCUUCAGCACCGCAGGACAGCGAUCCCAGGACUCAUGCUCUGAAUAACUACCGCAAAAAGCUGUUGGAACAUCGCGAAAUGGAGGCCAAAGUCAAAGACUUGCGUAUGGGUCUCAAGGAGCUGGAUCGGGCGUUCAACAAGUCAGAGGAUGAUAUCAAGGCAUUGCAGAGUGUUGGUCAGAUUAUUGGAUCUGUCCUGAAGCAGCUGGACGAAGAUCGCUUCAUCAUCAAAGCUGCAAGUGGACCUCGAUACGUUGUUGGGUGCCGUAGUAAGUUGGACAAGUCCAAGUUGAAGUUGGGAACACGCGUGGCUCUGGACAUGACCACUUUUACAAUCAUGCGCAUGCUCCCAAGAGAGGUUGACCCGAUGGUCUACAGCAUGGGUAUGGAAGAUCCUGGAUCCAUUUCGUUUGCUGGAAUUGGAGGACUGAGCGAGCAGAUCAGAGAACUGCGUGAGGUCAUUGAACUUCCUUUGAUGAACCCGGAGCUGUUUGUGAGAGUUGGAAUCAAGCCACCAAAGGGAGUGCUGCUUUAUGGACCGCCAGGAACGGGCAAGACUUUGUUAGCAAGGGCUGUGGCCAGUACAUUGGAGACCAACUUUUUGAAGGUCGUCUCGUCUGCGAUUGUUGACAAGUAUAUCGGAGAGAGUGCCAGGGUCAUCAGAGAGAUGUUUGCAUACGCAAAGGAACACGAACCGUGCAUUAUCUUUAUGGAUGAGAUCGACGCUAUUGGAGGACGACGUUUCUCAGAGGGAAGCUCUGCAGAUCGAGAGAUUCAGCGCACGUUGAUGGAGUUGCUGAACCAGAUGGAUGGGUUUGACCACUUGGGGCAGACCAAGUUGAUCAUGGCGACAAACCGACCUGAUACAUUGGAUCCAGCGCUGUUGAGACCCGGUCGUUUGGAUCGCAAGAUUGAGAUUCCUUUGCCGAACGAACAGGGAAGGAUGGAGAUUUUGAAAAUCCAUGCACUCGGCAUUACCAAGCAAGGAGAGAUUGAUUACGAGGCAGUGGUGAAGCUGUCGGAUGGGUUCAACGGCGCAGACAUCCGCAACGUCUGCACCGAGGCCGGGAUGUUUGCGAUCCGCGAGGACCGAGACUAUGUGGUGCAGGAGGAUUUCAUGAAAGCAGUGCGGAAGGUGGCAGACGCGAAGAAGUUGGAAGGCAAGCUGGACUAUGAAAAGAUCUAGAUCGCGUCGUAAAUAAAUAACCAAAUAUCCAGA